AUGCCGUUCCCCUGGGCCCGCCACAAAGGGCAGACCCGUGAGCCCUCAGCUGCCCCUCGGGUCAGCCCUGGGGGGGCCCCGGAGUGGGAAGAGGAGCAGGGCUUGCAGGGCCUCCCCCCGCCUGGGAGAGUCCGCCCUGAUGGACCGGGGCCAGUGGCUGCCCGUGGAGAAGGCCUGGAGGCUCCCUGCAGUCACAGGGCAGGGGCCAAGCACAGCGUCUUCGGGGAGGGGGCUCCUCCCGCAGGGACCUCGGGUGCCCAGGGGGUGGCCCUGUCAAUCUGCCCAGCUCUGGGCCCCUGCCAGGAAUGGGCCGACAGACUCCCUCCAGGACCUGCGGACGGGGGCGGGGCCUGUUGCUCCCCACCGCCAGCCCGGGCUGGAAUGUUUGUCUUCAGUGUUUGCUUGGGGGGUGCCCGCUGGGCCCCUCCCGGGGGCCCCUUCCCGGCCCGGGCCCAGCUGAGUCCACAGCUCCAGUCCCUGGGGCGGGGGAGGGCGCCUGUCCCCCCCCCCGGAGACUGGCUCGGCCCCUCCCCCUCGGGGCUUCCCGGGCGCGGCGCGGAGAUUAUGCAAAUGCCCGGCGCCUCCUUAAUUAAAUCCCUAACGAGGCGCUGGGGCCGGGCCAGAGCGGCGCUGAAAGCCGGGGUCGCGCUCCGGAGGGGCCCGGCCCGUCUGCGACGGGAGCCCCCCGCCCCCCGCGCCCCUCCCGGGCCUGGGAACCGCUGCGAGGCGGGGGUGGGGGUGGGGGGCCGGCCCCGGAGACCCCCCCCCGCCCCCGACGGCGCCGGCGCGGACCCGACCCCAGCCCCCCAGGCGCGCCCGGGACCCGGGGAGGGGCGCGGCACCCCCAGCCCCCUCGGGCCUCAGUCUCCCCGUCUGCGGCGGGGCCGCCAGGGGCAGAGACCCCCGCGCCCCUUCCGACGCCUGCUGUUGGCCCAACAGCUCGGCCCCCGCGGCCCGCAAGGCCCGGAUUAG